GUGGAGUAUAAAACCGAAACCCCGCGCUGCUAGCACAUCAAUACGCGCAGACGAUCGAUCAACGCGACAUUAAGAAAGGAAGCAGCAACUUCGCUACUUCCCGACACCAAACCGAACUCAAUUUUCAGUGGCAGCAGAAGUCGCCGCCAGUUUUCUUCAUUACCUGAACCACAGUAUUGGAUGAUUUGCUGAGUGGAGCGUGCGCGUGUGUGUGUCUAACUAGUGGAUGCAAAUUUGUUUUAUAGAAAAAGGAGAGUGUUUAGUGAUACAAAAAAAAUGUCGGAACAAAAAAUAGAAAGUGCACAAAGUGAGCAAAAACAAAAUCAGAUUAAAAUCAGUGCAUGCAAAAAUGGUGUUGAGAUGAAAAAAGCUAAUCCAGACAAGUAUACAAGCGCUUUGGAGCUCGACUACCUGCGUGAACGUUUACACAAUUUACAAGAUAUUCUACUGAAAGAUUUCAAAAAGCGCAUAAACGAAGAAAUCGAAGAUGUCGUACAGGAGUUGCGACAACAUGAACUGCAACUAAACGAAUUCAGAGGCUUCGCUAAAUCCCAAAACACCAACACCUGGAGUAAUCGUAUUGCUGUAACGGCAGACAACCAAACGGGGAAUGGCAAUGUACCCACCGAAAGCUCCGAAAAAAUCUGCACCGCAAGUGGGGACAACAAAAUAUUAUCAGGCAAGCACAAAAAACAACCACGCCCGCUGCCCGACAAAGUGUUCAUAGUACGCGAAUCGUAUCUCACGGCAUUACUAGAGGUCGACCACAUGCGCACCAUUUAUCACAUAUUCGCAACAAUAUUGCUGAUGCUACUCAUACAGAGUAUUUCAUAUGAUUAUUUGGCAGAGGGAAGAGUGUACUUUGGUUUGGGCACCUUUAAGUCAUCGCUGGUGAAAAUUGAAUACGUAUUUGGCAUUUGGUUGUUGGAGCAUACCAUCGUAUUCCUACUCUAUUACGCCUUCAAAAUGUGGGCUAAUGUACGCGUCAAAUUGGCAAGGCAACCGGCGCUCCAAAGUUUCUGGUCACAUUCCUGCUUAAUAACAUACAUCAGCGCUCAGUUAGUGUUCGGUUACGUGGCCUCGGCACUUUGCGUUAAGCUGGAAUUAACAUUUAUAACCUCCUCCAUUUUGUUGCUCGAGUCCACGAGACUGCUUAUGAAGAUGCAUUCCUUUGUGCGCACGAAUGCUGCACGCGUGCUCGCUGGUAAGCUGAAAACAGAUGCGUUAUCAAGCGAUGUAAACGAUGUAAGGGAUCAACAGUCGUCGGCACAAGCAAUACGUCUGCCUAGCUUCAGUUCCUACUUAUACUUUCUCUUCGCACCGACUCUUAUCUAUCGCGAUAGCUAUCCGCGUACAACGCAUAUACGUUGGAAAUUCGCCUUGGCGCGUUUUAUGGAAGUGGUGGCAAUUGCAUUCGUUUACAGUUAUUUGUUUGAACGUUACAUUAAAGCGCAGUAUGAAAAUAUUGGACGUGAGGAAUUGAGUCUACGCACGUUCGUCAUUAAGCUGCACAGCAUGGUUAUGCCGAACAAUAUCAUCUUUUUAUGCGGUUUCUAUCUCAUCCUACAUUCCUGGUUGAAUUUCACAGCGGAAUUGUUGCGCUUCGGCGAUCGCAUGUUCUAUAAGGAUUGGUGGACAUCACACACUUAUGAUGCUUACUUCCGUAAUUGGAAUGUUGUGGUGCAUGAUUGGCUUUAUGAGUACAUCUAUAAAGAUUCAUAUAAUUACCUGUUUAAGGGCUCAAAGUUACCGGCAACACUGAUGGUAUUCUAUACUUCGGCUUUGGUGCACGAACACAUUAUCGGAUUUGCAUUGCGACUAUUCUUCCCAGUGAUGUUUUGUUUCUUCGGUGGGUUCGCUGUGGUUAUGGUAUUUCUUUUCCGUAAUGCAUCCAAAAGAGUUGGCAACUUUGCGGUGUGGUCCACACUGAUCAUCGGCAAUGGCUUGUUAUUCUCAUUAUAUAGUAUAGAAUAUUAUGCACGCCAAAAUUGCACAAGAACUUAUGAAAGCUGGACGGACUACUUUGUGCCCACAGUGUGGACUUGCUACAACAAAUAAUCGUACGAUAAGUCGAACACAUUUUAUGUAUAUUUAUAGCUUUAGAGGUUAUAGUGAAGCGUGAGUCUAGAUUUUUAAUUAAUUAUGCAUAGAUGUUUAAAUAUUUAAGCGUCCUUAAAAGUUGUCUUCGGCGAGUUGUUACGAACAGAAACUUCGUAGUGAUUCCGAUGUAAUGUAACUAAGAAUUGUAGUUAUGUAAGAAUUAUUGUGUACAAAAUUAUGUUAAUUUUAAGUAAACUAAAUCUUAAUAAAGAU